CGAUUCAUAAUCGGAAUAACACACCCCGAACAUGUGCGUGUGUGUGAAAAGCAACAAAUGUUUUUUUUUCAUAUGUGUGCGUGUGCUGAGUUUUGACAAAGAUUUGCCGGCAAACAGCAGGCUGUUUUGAUUUCAUCGCGAUGGAUGCGUCGAACGCACGUGAAAAUUAAAACGAACUGAACUGAGACAUUAUUCGAAAACAGCAUGGCCUCAUCGCGUGACAAAAGAUCCGGCAGUAUCUACAAGUUUCGUGAUGCACUGAUAAAAAAGAUAGAGAAGAAGUUUGAAGAAGAAGAAAGAUUGUUGCGGUUGCAGCGUGAAAAGCAAGCAAACAAUGAACCAUCUGAAGAAGCAGAACCAAGCGCACUAAUGUUGACUUGCGACGAUGAAGAUCCAUUCGCUGACCCCAGCAACGCAACGACCGCAGACGUAGUGAAGGUGCUGCGAACCUUGUCGGUUCAGAUCGAGCAGCUUUCUUGUAAGCAGGAUACAUUCCAACACCAGCUAGACGAAACAAAGAGCCGUGUGACGAAGCUGGAUAGAAGGCUGAACGAAGUGCUUUUCAUGGCUGAAGCGGUGAAGGACGAGUUGAUGUCUGACGAUUUCCAGAAGGCGACGGAGCAGAUCGUUACACCCGUUCCCGGGUUUGAGUUUCAAGCGGUAAGCAACGAGACUGAGCUAAAAGAUCUAGACCACAGACUGGCUACGGACGAGGCGUACAGCAGGAACCUCACCAAAUGGCUGAACGCGAAGAUACUACACCCGGAUCCAAACCAUCGCUUACAUCAAGCGAUGGAGGUGGUUUUCAAGCGCGAGUUUCUGCCGUCGUGUAGUUGGAAGGGGCGAGCCAAACCGGGGCAAUUCAGAAUAUCCAUGAGUGCCCAAAAGUUCAUAAUGGAAUUGUUUCGGGUGGUUGGAAGUAAUCGGUUCAUUACUAUUUCAGAUGAAUUUGUGGCCAAAUUCUUUAUUAAGAAACUACCGUUCGCCAAAGCGCGGCUCAACUUGAAAGGUUAUAGAAGCAGUGUAUGCAAUAGGAAAUCCUAACUAGGCUCAAAUCCGGACACAGUAAACCCAAAUCCGGACGUAAACUAGUUUGGACCGGAACAUAGAUGGAUGCAAGCACCUUUCUUAUGGUAUAGACUUUUUACACAACUUAUAGAGUAAUAAGAAUUUGUUAAAUAUUCUUUAGGAGAACGUGUCGGAUAUAGCGCGUUCAAUGUAUACAUACACUACGACUACUCAUGCACUAUGCAGGACAAGUUAGGUCGUCUAAGGUUUAUGAUAGCAAAUCGUAUCGAAUUAAUACAUAAGAAGCAAAAUACUAAUUGAGCUUAAACUCCUAUGCUAAUCCCUAUCGGAACAAGUUCACGUUUCGUUCCGGAUCCGGAACAGCUACAGGGGCAGUUUGAAAAAUGAAUAAAACUGGGAACUGAUUCAGCACAGAUAGAGUUUUAAUGCCAAUUACAGGGCAGGUUCAAAGACCGUCAUGGGUUCAGUAUCAGUUUUACGAUGGAUAAGCGAUCGUGAUUUCGUUGCGUAGUCCUGUUAACGGGAUAAAUGAAAAAGUAGGCGCCACGUCUCUAUUAAAAAAUGAAUACAAAAAAACAUUUGUUGUCCAUAAUUCUUAAGCUGUAAACGAAUGUUUCCAAACAUGAGGAUAAAUAAUUAUAAAUGUGUAUGAGUGAAUCA